GAAAACGGGCGCCGCUUCGCGAACCCCAAGUUCAAGAGCUCCUACACGCUACCAAACGACGAGCCCGAGUUCGCGCGGCUAGACCGGCAGCAUGAGCAGUUCUGUUUCAUGUUUGGCGGCGAACUAGGCAGAGCGCCGCUGAUCAAAGAGGAAGUCAAGACAGUCGUGGACAUAGGGACCGGAACCGGGAUCUGGGCCACCGACUUUGCGAAGAAGUAUCCCGACGCGAAGGUGGUUGGGAUCGAUAUCAGCCCAGUAGAAGUUACGGAGAAGACGCCUGCCAACUGCUCCUUCCAACUCGCCGACUUCACCGCCCCCUCGACCUGGGCCGCCUACCCGCCCGCCAGCCUCUCCUACAUACACGGCCGCAUGAUUGCCGUCGGCGUGCGCAGCUGGACGGCCCUCGCGCGCCAAUGCUACGACGCGCUCGCGCCGGGUGGCUGGGUCGAGAUCCAAGAGCUGUCGUUCCCGCUGCGCUGCGACGACGGCAGCGCGCCCCCGGACGGGCCGAUGCUGCAGUGGUCGGCGAACAUGAUGGCGGGCGGGGCGGCCUUCGGCGUCGACAUGACGGGCUCGCGCUACUUCCCGGACAUCCUGGUGUCGACGGGCUUCGAGGAGGUGACGCUGAAGCCGUACCAGUGGCCUAACAACCCGUACAGCAGCGACCCCGUGCUGCGCGCGAUUGGGGAGAGCCAGCAGCAUAAUUUCCGCAACGGGCUCGAGGGGUUUAGUGUGGGCUUGUUUACGAAGGCGCUGGGGUGGAGCUUGGAGAAGACAAUGGGGUUUUUGGGGGAGGUCAGGGAGGUGAUUGGGGAUACGAGGGAGCAUGUUUAUAUGCCCAUGUUGGUGAUGUAUGGGAGGAAGCCGUUGGCGAAGUGA